UCGAUUUCAAAGCUCAUGAAACGCAUCAAUGUCGGUCUUCGUCUCCGCCAUUUCCCGAAAUUCAGAAAAUUUCAAACCCGGAACUUAGCUUCUUCUGCACCUAAACCUGAACUCGAACCAAAAAGACCACAUGGGACAUCGUAUUUUCAUGACAACUUGCUGGGUCAGGUACUGGACACUUACCCAGAUCUCAAAACCCUACGAAUAGUCCACUCAAGAAUCAUUCUUGAAGAUCUACGCUGCGAUUCGUCUCUGGGCGUUAAACUUAUGAGAGCUUAUGCUGCUCUAAAAGAUGUGGCUUUAGCACGCAAGGUGUUUGACGAAAUUCCUGAGAGAAACGUGAUCAUCAUCAAUGUCAUGAUCAGAAGCUAUGUGAACAACGGGUUUUACCGUGAAGGUAUUCAAGUUUUUGGGACGAUGUGUGGCUGUAAUGUUAGACCCGAUCAUUACACUUUCCCGUGUGUUCUAAAGGCGUGUUCUUGCUCUGGGAAUAUUGUCGUUGGGAAGAAAAUCCAUGGGUCCGCUACAAGAGUUGGGCUCUCUUCGACUCUGUUUGUUGGGAAUGGUUUAGUUUCUAUGUAUGGAAAGUGUGGUUUUUUAUCUGAAGCAAGGCUUGUACUUGAUGAGAUGUCAAGGAGAGAUGUGGUCUCUUGGAACUCGUUAGUUGCUGGGUAUGCGCAAAACCAGAGAUUCGACGAUGCUUUGGAGGUUUGUAGGGAAAUGGAAUCCGUGAAGAUAAGCCACGACCCUGGCACGAUGGCUAGUCUGUUACCAGCAGUGACCAACACAACAAGGAGUAAUGUUAUGUAUGUUAAAGAUAUGUUUUUGAAAAUGGGGAAAGAGAGUUUGGUUUCAUGGAAUGUGAUGAUCGGUGUGUAUAUGAAAAAUGCAAUGCCUCGUGAAGCCGUGGAAUUGUAUUCUUGUAUGGAAGCUGAUGGGAUCGAACCUGAUGCAGUCUCAAUCACAAGUGUUUUACCUGCUUGUGGAGAUACAUCUGCUCUGUCUCUUGGUAAGAAAAUUCAUGGAUACAUCGAGAGGAAGAAGCUGAUACCGAAUCUGUUGUUAGAGAACGCAUUAAUUGAUAUGUACGCAAAAUGUGGAUGUCUAGAUAGAGCGAGAGAUGUGUUUGAGAACAUGAAGUCCCGUGACGUUGUUUCUUGGACAGCUAUGAUCUCAGCUUAUGGAGUCAGCGGAAAAGGGCGUGACGCCGUGGCAUUGUUUUCUAAAAUGCAAGACUCGGGUCUCGUCCCUGAUUCAAUUGCGUUUGUCACAGUACUUGCUGCCUGUAGCCACGCGGGGCUGCUAGAAGAAGGACGGAGUUAUUUUAAACUCAUGACAGAUCAUUUCAAGAUUACUCCUAGGUUAGAGCAUCUUGCUUGUAUGGUGGAUCUUCUUGGCCGUGCCGGAGAAGUGAAAGAAGCUUACAGAUUUAUACAAGAAAUGUCAAUGGAACCGAACGAGAGAGUUUGGGGAGCAUUGUUAGGUGCUUGCAGGGUGCACUCCGAUACAGACAUUGGUUUACUAGCAGCUGAUAAGCUUUUUCAGUUAGCACCUGAGCAAUCAGGUUAUUACGUAUUGCUUUCUAAUAUAUACGCAAAGGCUGGGAAAUGGGAAGAGGUUACAAACAUCAGAUAUCUCAUGAAGAGUAAAGGAUUAAAGAAGAAUCCUGGAGCGAGCAACGUUGAGGUCAAUGGAGAAAUUUAUACAUUCUUAGUAGGCGACAGUCACCCGCAGUCCGAUGAGAUUUACAGAGAGCUGGAUGUUCUAGUAACGAAAAUGAAAGAGUUAGGGUAUGUUCCUGAUUCAGAAUCUGCGCUUCACGAUGUGGAAGAAGAAGAUAAGGAGACGCAUUUAGCUGUUCACAGUGAGAAAUUAGCCAUUGUGUUUGCAUUGAUGAACACAAGGGAAGGAGAAGAAGACAAUAAUGCCAUAAGAAUAACAAAGAACCUUAGGAUUUGUGGAGAUUGUCAUGUUGCAGCAAAGCUUAUCUCACAGAUAACUUCUCGCGAUAUCAUCAUCAGAGACACCAAUAGGUUUCAUGUGUUCCGAUUUGGUGUUUGCUCUUGUGGUGACUAUUGGUGAAAUGAAUUGUUAAAAAACA